CUUGUGUAAAAGAAAAAAAUAAUCUUAGUUUUCCUUUCCAAACUAAUUAAAAAGCGAUGUCAAACUCUGUAGGGCCUCUAGUUGGAGCUGUGGACCAGGGAACUAGUAGCUCAAGAUUUCUGAUCUUUUCAAGUAAGAAUGCAGAACUUGUCACCUACCAUCAGACAGAGAUUCAACAGAAAUGUCCUAAGGAAGGAUGGGUAGAGGAGGAUCCUAUAGAGAUUCUGGAAUCAGUGAAGACAUGUAUAGCUAAAGCUGUGGACAAUCUGAAAGCCCUCAAUAUCAGCCACCAGGAUAUCAAAUGUAUUGGUAUAACCAACCAAAGGGAGACAACUGUAGUUUGGGAUAAAGUAACAGGAGAGCCAUUACACAAUGCUAUUGUGUGGUUGGACCUGAGAACAUCAUCAACUGUGGAGAAACUUAUUGCUAAAACACCACAGAAAAGUAAAGAUCAUCUCAGGCCUUUAUGUGGCUUACCAAUAACUACGUACUUCAGUGCCGUGAAGCUGCGCUGGUUGCUAGACAAUUGUCCCAAGGUUGCUAAGGCAGCAGCAGAGGGGAGGUGCUUGUUUGGAACUGUUGAUUCCUGGUUACUAUGGAACAUGACUGGAGGAAAAGAGGGAGGUCAACAUAUCACCGAUGUAACCAACGCAAGUCGUACCAUGUUGAUGAAUAUUCAAGAUCUCAAAUGGGACGACAAACUUUGCCAAUUUUUUGAGAUCAGCAAGGACAUGUUACCUGAGAUAAGAAGUUCUGCUGAAACAUACGGAAACCUUGUUGAUGGACCAUUGAAAGGACUACCUAUAUCAGGGAUUCUAGGGGACCAGCAAGCAGCUCUAGUUGGACAGCUGUGUUUCAAGCCAGGACAGGCCAAAAACACAUAUGGUACAGGCUGCUUUCUGUUGAUGAACACAGGCAAUGAGCUUGUUCAUUCUAAUCAUGGCUUGUUGACAACUGUUGGGUAUCAGCUGGGACCAAAGAAGCCUGUUGUAUAUGCUCUAGAGGGUGCUAUUGCCAUUGCGGGAGCAUGUGUACGCUGGUUAAGAGAUAACCUCGGUAUAAUACAGACCUCACAAGAGAUAGAGAAGCUAGCAGAGAAAGUGGACAGCACACAUGGUUGUUACUUUGUGCCUGCAUUUUCAGGACUUUUCUGUCCGUACUGGCAAAAUGAUGCCAGAGGUAUAAUCUGUGGUUUGUCACAAUUCACAACAAAGGAACAUAUUGCCAGAGCAGCACUUGAGGCAGUCUGCUUUCAAACUAGAGAGUUGCUGGAAGCUAUGAACCAAGACAGUGGUAUACCUCUCAAGUCUAUCCAGGUAGAUGGUGGAAUGACGGCCAACAAUCUCCUCAUGCAGAUACAGGCAGAUCUUAUGGGGAUAAAUGUUGUUCGUCCAUCAAUGCCGGAGACGACAGCUCUAGGAGCAGCGAUGGCAGCAGGACAUGCUGUUGGAGUUUGGAACCUGGAGAAUGAGGACACAAAGGUCACAACUGAUGCGUUUGUAUCGUCUAUCACCGAGGCGGACAGGGAUGAUAGGUUUGCAAGAUGGAAGGACGCAGUGAAGCGUUCUAUGCACUGGGUGCCCUCUAGUAAACAAGAAGCAUAGGCAGACGAACGACGUUGUUGGAUGGACUGGCUGGAGGGUUUUAUAUGCUAGGCAGCCUGACAUUAUUGUUACUUGCCAAAUCUAUGCAACAAAGAUGAUGAUAUCUACAUUUAGGUGCCAUAUUGUUCAAAUUUUGCUAGUCUAUUAGUGACAACAGUUUGUAUUGACAUGUGCACACACUGUUCACACCUAGGAGCUACAAGACAGAGCUUGGAGAACAGAGUUCCUACCAGAACAAAAAAUAGUUCAUGGACUAUCUUUCAGUUCAUAUCUGAGGAUACUAUGAAAUAAUCAUUAUCCUCGGAGGAUUAAUUUUUAUGGAUUUCAGGGUUUUAAUAAUCCACAGAAACAAAUCCCACCGGCGACCAAACAGAAUUCCCAUUUAUUUAGUCUUCCAAAGUUGAAAAACCACAAAU